AGUCCAGAGAGAAAGAGAAAGAGCCACAUAAUCACAGAGUGAAGGAGUGAGAGAGAGAGAGCAGAGUGCAGGAGGGUGUGCAAGCGAGGAAGAGGGUGCACACACUUUAGCACCAGCUCUAGGAGUCACGGCUUCCCCUCCGCAGAAGGCUCCAGCUUUUCCUGUGUUUCCAAAUUACCUUUGCUGGAAAAAGCCCCAGCGAGUGGGCUGUGUGGGAGGAGAAUUCGGGGGGCCACACUGAGUUUCUGACCGGAGCAGAGGAGAGUGAAAAAGCCAGGCGGAGCAAGACAGAGGAGAGACGGCGGCUGGCUCCGGGGGGGAGAUCGUGCCAGUGGAUGCUGCCGCCGGACUCAGUGUCAGAUUUCAGAAAAUGAGAGGCCACUGCAACGGCAUUCCUGCAAGGUCCCUGCGACUGAGCGAGGCAUUUUUUGAGGAUGCCAGCUGCUGACACCAUGACUGGUGGGCGGGCACUUCUGUUCUGCACAAACACUGACAACUGUAUCUACCAAUCGGUCAACGGACUCCGCUGCUGUGGUUGGAAGCUCAGGGAGGGUCACUGUACUGCCUCCCAGUGGCCAGACCUGUGCGGCGACGGAGAAGCCAAGCCCCACUUUGGCUCCUUGGACGAUCCAAGUGACAACCUGAGGUGCGCUGCCAUGCUUGCCCACAAGAGGUCCUCAGACCCCCGGACCAACGAGAACGGCCUGACCGGUGGCAUCCAGCUCUCAAAGGCACCAGCAGCUCUGAAAAGCAGUGCCAGCAUUCGGGAUAAAAUCUCCCAGUGGGAGGGCAAGAAGGACACCACGCCCCCCCCCUCAUCGCCUUGCCUGCUUAUACCUCCAGGGAAGGAGCCGGAAAUCACAAGGAGGGACACCAAACCUGCUGAGCUUCACAGGGGGGACAGUAAGAAGUUCGUCAGCUGGGAGAGGCAGGACUCUGGGAAGGAGAAUGCAGGAAAGGUGGGGGAUUUGCGGCCUAAAUCUCCCGAAGGGCCCGUGAAGGACAGGGAGGACAUUUUUGAGAAGGGCAGCCGGGGAAAAUCGAGCGAAGCUGCCCAGGACAAGCGGUUGGUUUUGACUCACAUCAAAAAGCUGGAGCAGGCCAUGAAGGAAGGGCCUAGCAAACCCGCCCUGGUGCUCCCUGGGAACUAUUUCAGCCCCCCUGCAAAGGAGGAGCAGGAGGAGGCCGACAGGAAGGCAGCGGAGCCCAUCUUCGGGACGCUGGACAUUGUGCGGUGCGGGGAGGCCCGUAGGGAGCGGCACCUGGAGAACGUGUACACAGAACCCGGGGUGCCUUCCAUUAAUCCCCUCCCCAAGCCUCAGCGCACAUUCCAGCACCACACCCGGCCUGGCACCCCCGGCUCGCCCCUGAUGUUGGGGAAAGGACGCAGAAAUCUGCCACCUUUGCCCUCCAUUCCCCCUCCCCCUCUGCCCACCUGCCCCCCACCUGGGGUUAAUAGGAGACCCUGGACAGACAGAGGCAGAAACCGCAGCAACAGGAAGUCCUAUGAGUUCGAGGAUGUGCUGCAGUCGUCUGCGGACGGAAGCCAGGUGGAUUGGUACGCGCAAGCCAGGCUGUCCCUUACGCGCACUUUAUCCGAGGAGAACAUCUACGAGGACAUCCUCGACCCUCCAUCCAAGGAGAACCCAUACGAAGACAUAGAGCUGGAAAGCCGUUGCCUUGGAAACAAGUGCCCCCUUCCUCAGUCGCCCUCGUCUCCCAUCCCCGACACCCCAACCAAGUUGUCGUCCAAGCCCAGUUUCUUCCGUCAGAAUUCUGAUCGACGGAGCUUCAAGCUGCUGGACCUGCGCAAAGGAAACCGGGAAGGUGGUAUCGCGUCGCCCUCCAGGAUUAGCCCCCCGUCCACGCCCAGCAGCCCUGAUGACACCCCCUCACUCUCGGGGGACCCCUAUAAUCGUCGGCGCAGGAAAAUCCCCAAGCUGGUGAUGAAGAUUAACGGCAUCUUCGAGGCGCGGAGAGGAAAAAGACGCAUGAAGCGAGUGUCCCAGUCUGCGGAGUCCAGCUCGGGGAGAGUGACGGACGAAAACAGCGAGUCGGAGAGCGACACCGAGGAGAAGCUGAAAGCACACAGCCAGCGGCUGGUGUCGGUCCAGUCCAUGAUCAAGCAGACGUGCCGGUACUACACGCUGGAGCGCGACCUGAUGGACCUGACCGAGCGCAAGCUCUUUGAGUACUUCCUGGUGGUAGCACUGCACAAGGCGAAGGCGGGCGUGCCGUACCUGCCGGAGGUCACUCAGCAGUUCCCCCUCAAGCUGGAGCGCAGUUUCAAGUUCAUGCGGGAGGCAGAGGACCAGCUGAAGGUUAUCCCCCAGUUCUGCUUCCCCGAUGCCAAGGACUGGAUGCCUGUGGACAGCUUUGCCAGUGAAACAUUCUCCUUCGUGCUGACCGGGGAGGACGGCAGCCGGAGAUUCGGAUAUUGCCGCCGUUUGCUGCCUAGUGGGAAGGGGCGACGGCUGCCUGAGGUCUACUGCAUUGUGAGCCGACUGGGCUGUUUCGACCUCUUCUCCAAGAUCCUGGAUGAGGUGGAGAAGAGGCGCUCCCUCUCCCCCGCCCUGGUGCAGCCCUUCAUGAGGGGUGUUCUGGAGGCACCGUUUCCUGCCCCAGGCCGCACCAUCACCGUCAAGAACUUUCUGCCGGGCUCCGGGACCGAGGUGAUCGAGUUGUGCCGGCCCUCGGAUUCCCGGCUGGAGCAUGUGGACUUUGAGUGCCUGUUCUCCUCACUGAGUGUGCGCCUCCUCCUGAGGGUCUUCGCCUCCUUGCUGCUGGAGCGCAGGGUCAUCUUCACUGCUGAGAAACUGAGCACCUUGUCUAAGUGCUGCCAUGCCACGGUGGCUCUGCUCUACCCCUUCGCCUGGCAGCACACCUAUAUCCCAGUGCUGCCCCCCUCCAUGAUGGACAUCGUCUGCACCCCCACGCCGUUCAUCGUGGGGCUGCUGUCCAGCUCUCUUCCUCGGCUCAAAGAGCUGCCCAUUGAGGAGGUCCUGGUGGUUGACCUCGGCAACAGCCGCUUCCUUAAACAGCUGGAUGACGAGGACUCCAUCCUGCCCCACAAACUGCAGGCUGCUCUGGAGCACGUCUUGGACAGGAGGAAAGAAUUAGCCUGCGAAAAAGCUGAGCUCCCCAGCGACUCCUGUUUCCUGAGCACCGUGGUCUCGGAAGCCUUUGUGCGCUUCUUCGUGGAGAUGGUGGGCCACUACCCGCUCUUCAUGAGCCCCGUCGAGCGGGACGACGAGUCCUCAGCUUCGUCAUCUCCCACGCCCUGCUCGUUCCAGCGCGAGGCCUUCCGCAAGGCCAUCGGCUCCAAGAGUCUGCGUCGCUUCCUCGAGGUCUUCAUGGAGACCCAGAUGUUUACAGGCUUCAUCCAGGAGAGAGAACUGAGGCGACAAGGCCUGAAAGGUCUGUUUGAAGUCCGAGCUCAGGAUUACCUGGAUUCUCUGCCUGGAAGUGAACAUCGCGGGGUCAACAAGUUCCUCAAAGGUCUAGGUAAUAAAAUGAAAUUCCUGUCCAAAAAAUGAUGGCAGGAAUCGGAGCCAAAGAGCAUAAGCUAUGGGAAAAUUCAACACCACUUGUUCAUGGACGUCAGAACCGUGAAACUCACUGACCAGCAAGGAAAUGAUGAACAUAUUCAGCUGGGCUGCGCAGUCAGUGGGGAUGGCGAGCAUGUCUGCGCAGACGCAUGCAAGCUGCACUUGGAACAAUCGGAACACAAACGACGGUGGAUUGUUAAGACUCGGCUGAACUACCAUAUUGUGCAAAAAUUGCAGAUUCUUCCGAACGCAUUAAAGAAAGAAAACAGACUGAGAGACUCGCUGCAGCCUGGAUAGAAUCAAGCCCUGUGGACUAAUCUCCCUACUGUCACGUGUCUAGAAAGCAUUCCGUUGGAACUGGACGUUUCGCAGAAGUGCAGCUGUUAUCCCUAUGUCAACUCAGCACUAUCUCCGCGAGCAAAAACUUGUUCAAAUAGAGUUUUUGUCAAGGAAGAUUUCAUAUUCAGCAUUUUUAAAAUACCUAUUUUAAUAAGAAAAGGUUUUACAUCUUUAAACAGUACAACUUCUAGGAAAACGGGAGGCUAUGAUUUAAUUUAUAUCUUUUUAGAAUAACUAUCUUUGCCAAAACAGAAUUAAAAGAAUAGAAAAAAACUGUUUACCUUAUUACUUAUUUAUGGGUCUGCUCUGCAAAUCUCAGUCAUGAUCAACGUCUCAUGCAGAAAGAAAACGAUGGUAGAGUCUCUUCAAAGACAGGAAAAUAGUCCAGUUAUUUUUGGACGGACCUUAUUCAUACCUUCUUUGAUAAACUUCACGUUAUGGAUCCAAAGAUACUUGGGUGGAGUGUGAUUCCAUUUUCAAGAAGCGGUUACUGCUUGUUGUUAACGUUUCUGAAGACCACUAAGUCUCAUACACUCCUUUUGGGAAGCAAUGAAAUCGCAUUAAUAAAACGAUUUACAGAAAGAAA